CGGCCAACAGAAUCAAUGGUCCCCCAUCAGACGGAAAGAAAGGCGCUCACGCUCCCCAGGCCGCCUCAAAGGGGCUCCAGACCCGGCGGCACAACCCUGUUUCCCCGGGCUGACUCUAAUAAGGAUGCGCCCCUAAUUUCACCCCCCUUCACCCACUAGAUAAGUGGGAAUUCAGAGUACGCCCAACUUGGAACCUUCCAGGGUAUUGGCUAUCAGGAAAAACUUAAUUUCCACGAGCGAUCACAGAUUGCUGUUUUCUUUCUCAAUGAGUCAAAGUAUGAAUAAAUCCUCAUUGUAUGUAGGGUUGCAUUCUGAGGCCUCUACCAGUUACCGGACACACGUUUCUUGGAGCAAGCAACAAGAGCUGAAUGCUACCAACGCCUAUGAAAAGCAACAUUUAUUUUUAUCUUUCACACGCAAAAAGUAUUUAGAGAAACUGAAAAGUCACACCUAAUCGCUAAAGAUUUGCACUUUUUUGGCUAUUUCAUUAACGAAUUUGAAGGUGGACGAUCUAGUGUAAAAACCGCUCGGUCACCAAGCGGCGCGGGAAUGCAUCCGCGGCGCCUUGGCGUCCACGCUCCCUUCCCCACGAGCCCCGGGACACAGGCAGCCCAUCUAGCCGCAGCCGAGCACCAGGCAGCCCGCUCCACCCAGCCGCGCCGACAGCAGAAGCAUCUACCGCUGCACUAAUCUUCCGAGAGCGGUCCCUGCUCCGGGCGCCUGCCACCUCCCGGUGCCGCACGAUGCCCGGCGCGGCUACCGGCGUCCGCACAGCCCCGACUCUGCGGGCGCUCCGGGACCCGGCCGACCGGCCGGCCGCGUUAUACUGGGGAGCGGAGCGGCGCGCAAAGAGGCGAACCCGCGGGACCCACCGCUCCCGCUCCCUCGGUGGCCGCACGGCAGCCGCCCGCCCAGAAAGCCGGAGCCAGCCGCGCGUCGCCGCUCCGCCCGUGGCCAGCAACGGGCCGGAGAGGCGCCCGAGGUGCCAGCGCGGCCCCGGGCCUCGUGUCACUCACCGUUUGAAAUGCUCGAUGAUCUUCUCUUCCCGUACGUUCUCCGGUUCUGACUCUCGGGCCUCGCAGCUCCGCUCUGCCGCCACCACACACCCGAAGCCGACCCUCGCGCUCCGGCGGCGCAUGCGCGCGGGCGGCGGCGGGCGGGGGAGCGGGAGGAGGGGCGAGCGAGACCCGGGCGGCCGCGACUACGACGGAGCCGGCGCUGUGGCUGCCGGACGCUUCCCACCGGCGCGCGUGGCCCGCCUCCCGCCGCCUGGCCACCGCCCCCUGGCCGCGGGCGCGCGCGCGUCCUCCCGCCCCGACGCCGAGUUCCUCCCAGCUGGCGCGCAGGCGCGCGGAGCCCCGAAGUGGGAGGAAUGCGGAGCCGGGAAGCGGCGCCCGCGCACUCUGCUUACUGCGCAGGCGCGACGCGCGGCGGGAGGCUGGCUGCCCGAGGCGUCCAGGGAUGCUGGGGCAGCUUCUCCCCGCGGGCAGGCUUUGCUCUGGGGAAACAGGAGAGAACCGGGUUAGCUUCGAGGCACAGCGGUUUCUAGAGGCCAAAGUCCCCAAGCCUGUCCGCCCUGUGUCCCGCCCCUGACCGUUUCCGGACGCCUGGAUCCCCGCCUGCUUGGGAAAGUGGUCGGGACCAAGACGCCCUUUUCACCGCCCAGACAAGGGAACUACCGCUGCAGAAACCCAUCCCUCCCAAGAAUCAUUGGCUUGUAACAUUAAGCAACUUUUUAUAUAGGAGCUUGCGAAACCUUUUCCAAGAUGUCUCUUUGCUCAUCGUUACCGUACACAGGAACUAGAGCUGAAAUGAUACAGGCGUCUCAUACAGUUACCCGCGGAGAGUUUGUUAUCUAAACAGGGAGGGUUAGACCUCCAGCCUUUCCAAGCUUUUGAAACUGCAGUUGACCUUUUAUAUCGAGCCCUCUUACAAUGCAACUGUAGAAUAACAGGGGGGAAAUCUAGCUCAUGAAAACAGUCAGCAAACUCAUACUUUAACUCUU